GAUCGACGGGAUCCCCAAUUUGACGCCGACGAUCUUGAGUGCCCUAAAUUCCCUGAUUCUCUGUACAAAAACCCUAAUUAGCAGUGUCCAUACUCAGUCAGUGUUAGAAAACAGUUGGGUUUUCUGGUUUCCUGUGCUUCUUAGUACACUCAGAUUCAUGACUUAGCUCGCCAUCUUGAUUUGCUCGAGCUCCCGCGGACACGUGGCAAUCUGGGUCUCGCUUCACUUUCAUUUCUGCUCAAAUUUCAAUAUAAUAGUGAGGUUGAGUAUGGGAAUUGUGUUCCCUUCAUGGUUAUGCACUUUGGGAUGAUUGUAGAUUUUGUUUUCAUAGUCUGGGUUUAAGUGAUCAGAAUUCUAAAUGGAAGCAAACAAAGAGGAAGCUCUUAAAAUGAAGGAGAUUGCUGAAAAGCGGUUUGCUGAGAGAGAUUUUGCAGGUGCUAAAAAUUAUGCAUUAAAGGCAAAAACCCUGUACCCUGGUCUGGAGGGUAUAUCUCAAAUGGUAGCCACAUUUGAGGUUUACAUGGCUUCAGAGAUCAGAUAUGGUGGUGAAAUUGACUAUUAUUCAAUUCUUGGCUUGAAUCCUUCAGCAGAUAGGGAAGCAGUCAAGAAACGGUAUAAAAAGAUGGCUGUGUUGCUUCAUCCUGAUAAGAACAAAUGUGUGGGAGCUGAUGGGGCAUUCAAACUUGUAUCUGAGGCAUGGAGUCUGUUGUCUGAUAGGAUCAAGAAAAAUUCUUAUGAUCUGGAGAGAAACAAACACUCGGCCUCUAGUGGGACUCAAACUUCAGUCUAUGCUUCUGCUGUUGCAGGAGCCAACAACUGCUCCAAUUCAUCAACCCCUCAUGCCAAACUUGAUACUUUCUGGACUGUUUGCACAUCUUGUAAAGUUCAGUAUGAGUAUCUGAGGAAGUAUGUCAAUAAGAGACUUUCAUGUAAGAACUGUCGGGGUACUUUCAUUGCUGUUGAAACUGGGUCAGCCCCAGUCAGUGGUUCUUUCCCCUAUUCCCCUUGGUCGUAUGUGCCAACUAAUGGGUAUGGAAGUCAUGGGUAUGAUGGGGUCACUUAUGUCCCAACCACUGCUACAUAUUUUGCUGGCAAUGGUGUCUCAGGAUAUCAUUCUGUGCAUGGAUAUGACUAUGUGUCAAAUGCAUCGUUUCAGUGGAGCUCCUUCUCAGGAACUUCUUCUGGGAUUGCUGGUCAUAAUGGAAUGACUGCCAUGUCCACUACUGUUCAUCAUGUCAAUGGAGAGAAUGGAAGAACAGUAUCAAAGGUGAAAUCCAGUGCCAACAUAAGACGUUCCACGCAAACAACUGUGGUUCAUGUAACUCCAAAUUUGGCCAGUGCUUGUAAUGAAUCUUCAGGAUCUAAGGCUGGCAGAGCUGAGAAGAAAAGAAAAGUUGUUGUUGGAUCCAGUUUUAGAAAUGGUAACGAAGAAAGGGGAUCAAAAUAUGGUGCAGAAGCAACAUUGGCAAAUGGAAAUGUUGGCACAGAAAUUGAUUCUAAGUUUCCAAAUGCCAGUGAAUUUUCAAAUAGACGUUGCUCAAUGGCACCUGCAUUUGAUGCUAGAAAGUUGUUAAUUGACAAGGCCAGGACUGAAAUUCGAAAGAAAUUGGAAGAGAUGAAGUUGGCUUCAGAGGCAGCUGUGGCAAUUAAAGCGCAUGGUGGUAGUGGUCAAAUCCAGGAGGAUGGGAGGGCUACUAAAAGCACAGAUAUGGGUGCACCCAUUCAUCAGUUAGGACGAAACAAAAAUGGGCCAAUCACAAUCACCGUCCCUGACCCGGACUUCCAUGAUUUUGACAAAGAUAGAUCAGAGGAGUGCUUCAAGCCAAAGCAAAUAUGGGCCUUGUAUGAUGAAGAUGAUGGUAUGCCACGCUUGUACUGUUUGAUUCGCCAGGUUGUCUCAGUUAAACCAUUUAAGAUUCACAUUGCUUACUUGAACUCCAGAACUGAUAGCGAGUUUGGGACAGUGAAUUGGGUGGACUCUGGGUUUACUAAAUCAUGUGGACACUUCAGGGCCUGGAAUUCCGAUGUUAUCGAUCAAGUCAACAUUUUCUCUCAUCUAUUAAGGGGUGAAAAGGCGGGCAGGGGAGGUUGUGUUCGGAUAUUUCCCAAAAGUGGAGAUGUUUGGGCUCUUUAUCGAAACUGGUCAACAGAGUGGAACAGAUCAACUCCAGAUGAAGUGAGGCACCAAUAUGAGAUGGUAGAGGUUCUUGAUGAUUACUCAGAAGAGCUUGGUGUAUGUGUUAGUCCCCUUGUCAAACUGUCUGGGUUCAAGACAGUGUAUCAAAGGGAUAUGAACAAGGAUGCCAUUAGAUGGAUCCCAAGGAGAGAGAUGCUACGCUUUUCGCACCAGGUUCCAUCUUGGUUGCUUAAAGGAGAAGCUGGUAAUUUGCCAGAACACUGUUGGGAUCUAGACCCAGCUGCAACUCCAGAUGAGCUUCUUCAUUCUUCAACAGAAUCUAAGGCUUAACAUGACCUAGUCAUGGAAAGCAUUAUUGGUUUGGAAUUUUAUUCACCAUUCUUACAGAGGAAAUUUAGAAUUGACUGUACAAACAUUUCACACUUGUUUUAGCUGCCAAGGAAACACUUAACUCCGGCUGAUUUUAGCAGAUGUAAUAUUAGUGUGAGACAAUCUCUACCAUCAAAUUCCGAAUCUAUUGACUGUUAUCACGAAUGCUUUUCUUGGCCUAGUGACUGCAACGUCUAUGAUGGUCAAUAGUCUCAUGACAGAUAGCACGCACAUUUAAUAACUAAUGCCAUGUGGU